CACUGUUUUGCCUUUACCAAACUUUUAUUUUAGCCAUCUCUCUGUCUGUGUCUUCAUCCACCGAACCGAACAAGAAGAAGACAGAGUUGCUGAUCACAAAAUCAGAAAUUCAUUGCUCUCUCAACUUUCGUUCUUUGCUGAAUUAUAUAGAUGGGUGAUGUUUUGGGUCCUGACUCGAUCAGUGACCUUCCUCAAAGCAUUAUAGAGAGCAUUCUGGUUAAGCUUCCAAUAAGAGAUGCUGUGAAAACUAGCAUUUUGUCUAGCAAAUGGAGGUACAAAUGGGCUUCCAUGUCUCACCUCGUGUUUGACGAGAAGUCUGUACCUUCGUGUAAUGACCGAGAGGUUGCUGAGCAAAGUUUCGUCAAGUUCAUUGCCGGCACGCUAUUUCUUCACCAAGGAUCAAUUCAUAAGUUCCAAAUUACAAAUCCGAACUUGCAGACCUGCCCUGAAAUAGAUCAGUGGAUUCUUUUCCUAUCAAGGAAUGAUAUCAAGGAAUUGAUCCUUGAAUUAGGAGAAGGUGAAUUUUUUAGAGUGCCAUCCUGCCUUUUUAACUGUAAGAAGUUGACUCGCUUGGAGGUUUCGCGCUGUGAGUUGGAUCCGCCUCUUAGUUUUAAGGGAUUCAUGUAUUUAAAAUGUCUUAACCUUCAUCAAGUGUUGAUAUCCCCUGAUGCAAUUCAGAGCCUCAUUUCCAAUUGCCCUCUGUUGGAGAGUUUGUCAUUGUCAUAUGUUGAUAGUUUAGCUCUUACUGUCCGCGCUCCGAACCUCAAGCACUUGUGCCUUGAAGGUGAAUUCAAGGAUAUAUGUCUUGAAGAUACACCACUUUUGGUUGAGAUAUAUCUUGCUAUGUAUAUGACUGAUGACAUUGCUGAGCAAUUUGAGCAAAGCUCAAAAUGCAAUUUUGUCAAGUUUCUUGGUGGUGUGCCUAAUCUUGAGAAGCUUGUUGGGCUUAUCGACUUCACAAAGUAUUUGAGCAUAGGCAAUGACCCAAGGCCGCGUCCAAUAAUGUACAACAAAUUGGAGACUAUUGAAUUGUAUCAAGUAAGUUUUGAGGAUAUGAAGGAGAUACUUGUUGUCCUUCGCUUGAUUACAAGCUCUCCCAAUCUAAAGGAACUUCAAAUUUCAGGCUCAUCAAACAUACCUACUGCCAUAGAUACCCCGGAUUUGGAUUUCUGGGAAAAGGAGUGUCCCUCAAAUGCUACACUUAGACAACUUAAAGUUGUGAAGUUAACAGAAAUGUGUGGUGUGCCACAUGAGAUGGAAUUUAUCAAAUUUUUGCUUGGUUGUUCACCUGAGCUUGAGACAAUGAUGAUCACUUCUUCUGCAUAUGACAUGGAAAUUCAAUUGAAAAUGUUGAUCGAAUUGUUGAAAUUUCGAAGAGCUUCUACUAGAGCAGAAAUUGUUUUUGUCCAUGAGUAAAAUAGUGGACUAUGUUAUCAAAUGCAUUCCUUUGUGUCUUUGUUAAUUAGUUACAAUUAACUAGCGUGUACUUUACAUAUCCCCAUUCAAAAUAUGAGACAAUUUGUAAACUUUAAAGCAUAAGUAAAAAUGCUUAUAUAUGGAUUAUAAACAUGAGAUAUGUUGGAUCAA